AUGGAGACGCUCUCUAUAUCCCCCGUGUUUUCACGGACACCUGGGUGGAACACCCAACGACGAAAAUACUUCCCCAACUGCCGUUACAAAAGCCCUAGAAAUGAUAAGAACGGCAGGAGAGAAUCAUAUCUAUCUAUCUAUCUAUCUAUCUAUCUAUCUAUCUAUCUAUCUAUCUAUGUCUGUUCGUAUCUAAGUCUGUUCAUCUAUCUAUCUAUCUAUCUAUCUAUCUAUCUAUCUAUCUAUCUCAGUCUGUUCGUAUCUAAGUCUGUUCAUAUCUAUCUAUCUAUCUAUCUAUCUAUCUAUCUAUCUAUCUAUCUAUCUAUCUCAGUCUGUUCGUAUCUAAGUCUGUUCAUAUCUAUCUAUCUAUCUAUCUAUCUAUCUAUCUAUCUAUCUAUCUCAGUCUGUUCGUAUCUAAGUCUGUUCAUAUCUAUCUAUCUAUCUAUCUCAUUCUGUUCAUAUCUAAGUCUGUUCAUAUCUAUCUAUCUAUCUAUCUAUCUAUCUAUCUAUCUAUCUAUCUAUCUAUCUCAAUCAGAUCCUAUCUAUCUAUCUAUCUAUCUAUCUAUCUAUCUGCUUAUUCGACAAUUGUCGAUUUCCUUUUUCCUCGACCGUUCUGAUAAAUCCGUGCCAUUCAAGUGA